GGAGGUCGGGCCUAAGUGCCAGUAGCAGGGGCCGUGGAUGUUUUUCCAGAGUUGGCGGCACGAAAAACCCCGGCCUCGGCGCCUAUGGGUCGCCACUGCCAGGAAGGGCUCACUGGGGUCCUCAGGGCCCGAGGGCCCGGCGCGCCGACGGUAUCCCGCCACGCGCCAUCCCCCUGCGUGGCGCUCAGGCGGUCCCCGGACCCCGCGGCUCUUGCGCGACGCUCCCCGGCUGCGGCUGCCUACCGGGGUCGGAGUCCCGUGGCCUGUGCCGGCCCCCGGCUGGGCUGAACGCCGCCCGGCUCUCAGGGGUUUGGUCAGGAGGCCUGGGACUGAGUGACAGAAAACAUGUAAACACACCUGCUUCAAAUGGAGCCUGGUGGUGGCACACACCUUCCAUCCCUACAUUCCACCCCCCACCCCCACCCCCGUGGGUGGAGGCAGGAGGAUCUGGAGUUCAAGGCCAGCCUUGGCUACAUAGGCCACUGCCUGAGAGAUGGCCAGCCUUCAGGAGGCCAACGGGAGCACAGCAUGGACGCCACCCCCAGCAUCUGAUAUCAGUGAGCCCCACCCCUGCCUGCUACUGCUGUAUGAAGACAUCGGCUCUUCCAGAGUCAGGUACUGGGACCUCCUGCUGCUCAUCCCCAAUGUGCUCUUCUUCAUCUUCCUGCUCUGGAAGCUUCCAUUAGCCCGGGCCAAGAUCCGAGUCACUUCCAGCCCCAUUUUUAUCACUUUCUACAUCCUGGUGUUCGUGGUGGCCCUAGUGGGCAUUGCCCGGGCUGUGGUGUCUAUGACGGUCAGUGCCUCAGAUGCUGCAACAGUUGCUGACAAGAUCCUGUGGGAGAUUACCCGCUUCUUCCUGUUGGCCAUUGAGCUGAGUGUGAUCAUCCUGGGCCUUGCCUUCGGUCAUCUAGAGAGUAAGUCCAGCAUCAAGCGGGUGCUAGCCAUUACCACAGUGCUGUCUCUGGCCUACUCAGUUACCCAGGGGACCCUGGAGAUCCUGUACCCUGAUUCCCACCUUUCAGCUGAGGACUUCAACAUCUAUGGCCAUGGCGGCCGCCAGUUCUGGCUGGUCAGCUCUUGCUUCUUCUUCCUGGUGUACUCACUGGUGGUGAUCCUCCCUAAGACCCCACUGAAGGAGCGUAUAUCUCUGCCCUCGCGGAGGAGUUUCUAUGUGUAUGCUGGCAUCCUGGCCAUGCUCAACCUGCUGCAGGGGCUAGGGAGCGCGCUGCUGUGUGCUGACAUCAUCGAGGGGCUCUGCUGUGUGGACGCCACCACCUUCCUGUACUUCAGCUUCUUUGCACCGCUCAUCUAUGUGGCCUUCCUCAGGGGCUUCUUUGGCUCGGAGCCCAAGAUCCUCUUUUCCUACAAAUGCCAAGUGGAUGAGGCUGAAGAGCCAGACAUGCACCUGCCGCAGCCCUAUGCCGUAGCCCGGCGUGAGGGAUUGGAAGCUGUAGGGCCCACUGGAGUCUCAGGGGCCAGCUACUCCAGCACACAGUUUGACUCUGCUGGGGUGGCCUAUCUAGAUGACAUUGCAUCCAUGCCCUGCCACACGGGCAGCAUCAACAGCACAGACAGUGAGCGCUGGAAAGUCAUCAACGCCUGAGUGGGCACCCUGGCCACAGCUGGACCUAUGAGGACAGAAUGACUCCCAGACAGAGCAGAGCAUGGUUCAGGAACUCUGCAGGCAGCAUUCGAGGCUGCAAGCUUCUUCCUGCUCUCCACCCCUAGUUCCCCUUGGCCACUUGUGUUCCAGCUGGGGACCCCCGCCUUCUCAGCACUCAUAGUUGUGCUGGGGGUCCAGCACGCCUCACCCCUUCCCCACAGCCGUCAGCCUCCUUGGCCGAGGGGCUGCAGUGUGUAUAUUUUCUUGAUCCAUUUUUUAAUAAAAGCAGAAAGCAUA